AUGUGUUUAAAAAAUUAUCCUUAUCCUACACUGAGAUCCACACCGAGGUCCUACACCGAGGUCCCACACCAGAUCCCACCAAGGUCCUACACCCAGAUCCUACACCCAGAUCCUACACCCAGAUCCUACACCAAGGUCCUACACCCAGAUCCUACACCAGGUCCUACACCCAGAUCCUACACCCAGAUCCUACACCCAGAUCCUACACCCAGAUCCUACACCAAGGUCCUACACCCAGGUCCUACACCCAGGUCCUACACCCAGAUCCUACACCCAGAUCCUACACCCAGAUCCUACACCCAGAUCCCACCCAGAUCCUACACCGAGAUCCUACACCCAGAUCCUACACCCAGAUCCUAUACUGAGAUAUUAGAUGACAAGGCGAGAGGACUCCUAGGUGCGGCCAUAGGAUAA